AUGGCCGGGUUCCCUUUUUUCCAGCUCGAUCGCUUCCUCAAAAUACUCGUUCAAGACCUCAACAAAUAUGUGGCUAUUAGUGAGGAGUUUGCUAUCGAGGCAGAGGAUAAAAUGAAAUCUGGAGGCUUGAUGUGGGACCGGAAGGUGGCCAGAAUCAUCACGCCUGGGACGCUUAUUGAUGAGAAAUUUAUCGACCCCUCCGAGAACAACUUUUUGCUGGCAAUAUACUUGGAUGUUAGUGCUUUAGCAGUGCAAUCAAAACAACAGGUUGAAGCACAAUCCUCGCAGCAUAUAUUGUCUUCUGUACCCCAGGCCGUGGGAUUGUCCUGGAUGGACUUGUCUACGGGCGAGUUCUAUACCCAGCUCACGACAUUGCAGAUGCUACCCUCAGCGAUCGCUAGAAUCGGGGCUCGUGAGAUACUAGCUGAUCAAAAUAUCCAAGAUCUCAUUGGACAAGAAUUGCAGCAGCUGGUUGGACACGAGCACCGUCUGGUCACGUUCUUCCGAUUCCCAGAAACAGUUGCACCGAUAUCUGAAUGGGACUCCAUGCUCGAGGCUCCUGUCUCGGAAAAUGAUCGCGCUUCCUUCAGUCCAGAAGAAAUAGCAGCUGGAUACAGCCUCCUUGAGUACACUCGAGUACAGUUGCAGAGAACAGAUCUCAAGCUCCUACCCCCGCGUCGGCGGCAUUCAGACGAGUCCAUGAGCAUUGACCGUAACAGCCUGAGAGGUCUUGAGAUUCUAGAAACUGCCAGGGAUGGGUUCGGGAAGGGAAGUCUACUCCAUGCUGUCCGCAGGACUAGCACUAAAAGUGGUGCUCGCCUUUUGCGCGAUCGAUUGACCUCUCCGUCCACGUCUACCCAAGUCAUCAAUAACCGAUUAGAUCUUGUCUCAGUGUUCAUUGAUACUGUCGACCUCCGUGAUGGCGUAAUCCAGCUGCUGAAACGUAGCUACGAUGCUCAGCGAUUGGUACAAAAGUUUGCCCUUGGCAAAGGAGAUGCCGAUGACUUAAUUUGCCUUUCUCGGGCUAUUGAAGCCUCUAAGAGUGUCAGGCAAGUUCUUACAGACCACGCAAGACAGCUACUUGGGUCAGAAGCGAAAGAAAGCUUAGCAUCCAUGGUCUCUCGACUCCAUCUCGAUGGUCCCAUUGCACUUGCGGAACGACUUCUCGCUGCCAUCGAUGAGGAAGGUCUCCUCCAGCAGCAGCGUAUCGAAGAUAGUACGGCCGCCGAAGCUGCUCGUCUCGCCCAAGAGGUUGCUCUGAACGAAGGCACUCCCAGCGAGCUGGAGGCACUGCCAAAGAAAGUCCGGGCCAAAUCUAGCGAACGCAUUACUGCAGUUGAUACGGACUCCGGACCCGUCGAGAAUUGGAUCAUGCGUCGCGAUGCCAGCAAGACACUGAAAGCUCUUCAUGACCAACUGGAUAGAUUUUUCGAUGAAAAGGGCGCACUCACCCAGCGCCUUCGUGACUCCGUGGGGUCUACUAACAUCACCCUCAAAUGGACCCCGGGACUAGGCCACAUUUGCCACGUCAAAGGCGCCAAAAUCUCCCAGCAAUCCCUCGAUGAUCUAGGUGUUACGCGAAAUGUGUCGUCCACGAAAUCUACCCGCUCUUUUUACCUCCCGGCUUGGACUGAACUCGGUAACCGAAUGGACAACGUGAAAUUGCGAAUCCGACAAGAAGAACAGGCUAUUUUUGAGCGCCUCCGUCGUGAAGUUAUUCUUAACCUGGUCAAGAUCCGACGCAACGCUGCCGUCAUGGACGAACUCGACGUGGCCUGCUCAUUCGCCACCUUAGCUCAAGAGCAGCAAAUGGUCCGACCGAUUCUCAAUGAAGGCCCGAACAUGGCCGGUAAAAGUACCUUCCUCCGACAAAAUGCCCUGAUCACGAUCCUCGCACAAGUCGGGUCAUACGUGCCAGCUGCUUACGCUGAGAUCGGUGUCGUCGACCAGAUCUUCAGUCGGAUCGGGGCCGCGGAUGAUCUGUUCCGAGACCAAUCAACGUUCAUGGUCGAAAUGCUGGAGACUGCGGCGAUCUUGAAACAGGCCAGCCCGCGAUCAUUCGUGAUCAUGGACGAAGUCGGGCGAGGUACGACGCCGGAGGACGGGACAGCCGUAAGCUUCGCCUGUCUGCAUCAUUUACACUACCGAAAUCGCAGCCGCGUGCUCUUCGCAACACACUUCCAUGCGUUGGCGGAUAUGACGAAGUCUUUCGAGUGUUUGGAGCGAUACUGCACUGAUGUCAAGGAAAGCCCAGGCGGAGGGUUCUCGUUUGUGCAUCGAUUGCGCAAGGGCGUGAAUCGGGAGUCGCAUGCGCUCAAGGUGGCUCAGUUGGCUGGGUUGCCGAAAGAGACUCUUGAGCUUGCGUCCCGGAUCCGAGGGCAGUUUAGAGAAGGAAUGGAUUCUUCAAAGACUGCCGGUGCGACCAGUGGGGCUUGCGAGGAGGGCCAGCCUGCUUCACACAGUGCCUAG